CCGCCAGGUUAUGAAGGAAGAAUGGAAUUCCCAGACCAUAGCCGCCAGUUGCUGCAGUGUCUGAGUCAGCAGCGUCAUCAAGGUUUCCUCUGUGACUGCACUGUUCUUGUUGGAGAGGCACGAUUCAAAGCUCACAGAGCUGUGCUGGCCUCCUGCAGCAUGUAUUUCCAUCUCUUCUACAGGGACCAGCUAGACAAAAGGGACAUUGUGCAUCUGAACAGUGACAUUGUGACGGCCCCAGCUUUCAGCCUGCUUCUUGAAUUUAUGUAUGAAGGGAAACUGGAAUUUAGUUCCCUGCCUGUGGAAGAUGUACUGGCCGCUGCCAGCUAUCUUCACAUGUACGAUAUAGUGAAAGUAUGCAAAGGCAAACUUAAAGACAAGGAGCUGAGCACCCUGGAUGACAGGAUUGGUGAUGGGAUGGCACUGAGCUGUCUGGACAGAGAGAAUUCCUCUGAUGGCGAGUCACAGUACAGCAAACAGCUAGUCCGACAGCAGCCACCCCCGAGGGCCCCCCUGGCAGAUGACUGUGACACGGACAACGGUGAAUCUGGGCCGGCUGUCACAGAUUGUGAAAAGUCUUCAGUGAGCAGGCAGAAGGUGAACGGUCACCCUGGCAGGUCUCCGGACCUUGUAGGUGUCAAUUAUGUGUCAGCAGAGGCCGAGGCCUGUGUCCAAACAGCUGGAAAAACAAAAGCUGAUGUCAGUAGUUCGGUGGUCGCGCUGUCCCAGAGGGGCCGAGCUUUGGAUGACAUGGACUGCGCACUGGAUUUGUCUUUCAAGCCUCUCUUGAGCAGAGAUGCCUUACACCCUUCUUAUGUCUCCGGACAGCUGGCCCUCGACAGCCAGCAGCAGGGCACUGAGCCACUUGUUAAAGAUGAACACAACUUGCUGUCAGAGAGGGAGCAGAGCGAGCCGACAAGCCCGGAGAGCCAGCGCUUUGGGAAUAGCGCCAGGAGCUCAGUGGUGACAGGGUUCGCUGCCCUCUUCCCAGGCAACAACGGCUCUGUAGCCACCUUGCUCUCCCAGCAGGAAGAAAUGAUGGAAGAGGGAGAGGAGGAGGGGGAGGACAGGGAGAGCCAAAGUGGGGGAGGAGCAGGGCUCCACAGCCGACCCAGAGGGGAGAGACGAGGCCGGCUUCCGCCGGACAGCGAGGAAGAAGAGGAGGAUGACCUGGUGUCCUCUGACAUCUCGACAUCCAGUGGGGUGCUUCUGCCUGCAGGACAGCAGGUUUGCGUGUGCCCACUGUGCAGUAAAGUGUUCCCAAGCCCUCAUGUACUGCAGCUACACCUUAGCUCCCACUUCAGGGAGAGGGAUGGCGUUCGUUCCAAAUUGUCCCCGGAUGGCUCCGUACCCACCUGCUUGCAGUGUGGGAAGACGUUCUCUUGCAUGUACACACUGAAGCGCCAUGAGCGCACACAUUCAGGUGAGAAACCCUACACCUGUGGCCAGUGUGGCAAGAGUUUCCAGUACUCACACAACUUGAGUCGUCACGCUGUUGUACACACGCGGGAGAAACCACACGCCUGUAAAUGGUGUGAACGACGCUUCACCCAAUCAGGAGACCUCUACCGUCACAUACGCAAGUUCCACUGUGGCCUUGUUAAGACCCUUGCUAUUGGAUAA